CGCUCUUUAUCCACGACAAGAUAAAUGGAUAGUGUUGGCUUAUUGUUUCUCUCUCUCUUUUUCUCUCCCAUCUUCAACAAAACCCGAAGAGAGACCAAACAAAAACAUAACAUAACAAUAAAAAAAAAACCACAAAAAAAAAACCAACAAAAAAAACCCUAUUCAGAGUAGUUCCAAUUUCCAAACCUUAAAACCUUCAAUUUCAUGUCUCGGAUCCUGUAAUUCGGAUCUUCAAUACCCGAUAAAUCGAAUUCACUUCGAUCCGGUUCAGAAAACCAUGACGCGGCGUUGUUCCCAUUGCAGCCACAAUGGGCACAACUCAAGAACAUGUCCAAACCGUGGUGUUAAGCUAUUCGGAGUUCGAUUAACCGAUGGGAUCCGGAAAAGUGCUAGUAUGGGUAAUCUUAGUCAUUAUACUGGUUCCGGGUCUGGAUCCCUUCAUACCGGGUUAAAUAACCCGGGUUCUCCUGGUGAAACACCUGAUCAUGCUGCUGUUGCUGAUGGUUAUGCUUCUGAGGAUUUUGUUCCCGGUUCUUCUUCUGCUUCCCGUGAAAGAAAAAAGGGUACUCCAUGGACCGAAGAGGAACAUAGAAUGUUUUUACUUGGAUUGCAGAAGCUGGGCAAAGGUGAUUGGCGUGGAAUUGCUAGGAACUAUGUUAUAUCAAGGACACCUACUCAAGUGGCCAGUCAUGCUCAAAAAUAUUUCAUCAGGCAAAGCAAUGUGUCUAGGCGGAAAAGACGGUCCAGCUUGUUUGAUAUUGUUGCAGAUGAUGCAGCUGAUGCUUCAAUGGUACCGCAAGACUUCAUGUCAGCUAAUCCGCCACAGACUGAAACAGAAGGCAAUAACCCUUUGCCUGCUGCUCCCCCGCUCGAUGAAGAAUGCGAAUCAAUGGAUUCCACAAACUCAAAUGAUGGAGAGUCUGCCUCUGCCCCAUUAAUGCCUGAUAGCAACACACAAGCGUCGUCUUACCCGCUAGUAUAUCCGGCAUAUUUUUCUCCAUUCUUCCCAUUUCCUCUUCCUUAUUGGUCUGGAUACAGUCCGGAGCCGGCUCCUAAGAAGGAGACACAUGAAGUGGUGAAGCCAACCCCAGUACAUUCCAAGAGCCCAAUCAAUGUCGAUGAACUUGUUGGCAUGUCAAAACUGAGUUUAGGAGAGACUAUUGGUGAUGCCGGCCCCUCAACUUUGUCUCGUAAACUACUCGAAGAAGGACCUUCUAGACAGUCGGCAUUUCAUACAACUCCAGCUUGUGGGACUGUUCUGUGAGCAUUAUUAUCAUGAUGUAGUCUUGUGUGAUUCAUCUUAUAUAUGUGACUGUGGGAUAACCUUAAUAAUUUUUUAUUUUCCAUUUCAUAAUGGUUAACCUAGUUUGUUUCUUUGCUUGUAGGCAUUAGCAUCUAGGAAUUACUUGGGUUUAAAUUAAAACUUCAUGUUUGUUAAGUAGUUUUCAACUUUUCAUUUCUUAGAAUUAUGUAAAGUUGAUUGUGCAGUUUGACAAUCUAUCAAGUUGUGCUUCCUAUUUA